UAUUUUUGAAUUUAGGUUCGGCUGGGCAUUUUUCUUAUGUCUUUGACCGUAUGAUAAUGAGAACCAAUUCUCUUUUUAUUUGAAUUUAAUGUUUAGUCAGGUAAUUUUCAGCUUUAAAAUUUUAGUUUUAUCAUAAAUAUAUAAUUUCCCCAGAGUUUUGUCAAUUUUUUUACUUUUGUCAUCUUCAAACCAUUUUAAAUCAAUAAAUGUCUUAAACUGCACCUAUUUUAUCAAUAAAAAUGUGAUCCUAAAAUAAUGCAACUAAGGGGGGUAUUGUACCAUAGAAAUGGGUAACAGUUAUUUUUUUUAAAUGUAUUGGUGACGUAUUUCUGCCAAAGUCGGACCACUAGUAACAGUUUUAUUAGUUAUUAAAAGGAAGAAAUAAUAACGCAUGUAUUUAUUGCAUAGAAAUAAGUUUACAGUUAUGAAGAAUGGCUCAAAACACUCGUGAUAAAGUUAAAUGCAAAUUAACAAAGCUAAUUUGUACAGGAAAAACAUUAUUAGAGUCAGAACUACCAACUUUAAGAGAUGGUCUCUUUCUUAGAAGGAUUGAAGAAAGUAACCAAAAUUUAUGGCUAACUUCUGAAAAAUUGUGGACCUCAGUAAAAUAUUUAUGGCAAAAAGCUAAUCCACUUAUACCCAUUAUCUCUGAUUAAAGAGGAAAAGAAAGAAUCAUAUAUGACUGGAAAAAGCAUAUAAUUUGGGGUUAGGUAGAGGAACAUCUAAGCAACUUUCUAAUCAUAAAUUAAUCUUAGAUAAACUGUUUGACAUAGCUAAGUGUAAAUGUUCAAUAAAAUCAUGCGAAAAAUCCGAUUGUUAUGGCUGCAACCAAGUUUUUCAUAUUGUUUGCAAAUGUUCUCAGGAAAACAAAAUUCCUAUUGUUGAACUUAAAUUUUUAAAGUCACAGAGGGAUAAAGUUGGUUCUAAAAGUGGAAUGCAAAUAGGUUCAGUUGAUAAAAAAGAAGUAUCCAGACAAAAAAAAUACCAUCAAAGAAAGCAGAACAAAUCAAAAUUAUGAUUGAGACUAUGGAGUAUUCUGAUGUAUUAUCUCAAAAUGAUCUGGAGUCAGACAAUGCUGAGAAUGAUUAUAAUGACAAUCUUUAUUUACCAGAAAAGUUUCUCAGCUAAAUACCUUAAAUGUAAAUCAUAUCACUUUGUCAGCAUUACAAUUUGGUACAAGUAACAGAGCAACUGCAUCAAUAGGCACUGCAACAUUAAAAGCAGCCAAAGAUGCAGGUUUUUUGAAAGAUCAUAUACUCGAUAAACACCUAGCUCUGGAUCAUAAAAAAAUUGAGAGAUCAAUGCGUAAUGGAUGUCUGUAAAGAAAGACAUAAUAAUGAAGUAAAGAAAGAGGGCAUACAAUGUAUAAUGUUUGAUGGUAGAAAAGACCUUACUAAAACAUUUGUAUAUGGCAAUGAUGGUAAAUCUUACCCUAGGGAGAUCAAAGAAGAUCAUUAUAGUGUCUGUUCUAAACCUGGUGGAAAUUAUUUAUUCCACUUUGUAAAUAAUUCAGUGGAGAGAGAAGCUCAAACACCUGCUGAACAUAUUGCUGAACAAUUAUAUGAUUGGAUAAUAGCACAUGGCAUUGAAAAUCAAUUAGUUGCAAUUGGAGGAGAUUCAACCAACCUUAACACAGGUUGGAAGGGUGGAAUUAUUCAAUUUUUAGAGAAAAAACUAGGAUUCAAACUUAUCUGGAUUUUUUGUGCGCUACAUACCAACGAAUUGCCACUUAAGCAUUUAAUGUUAGCUUUAGAUGGAAAAACUUUAUCUGAAAAUAGAUUCUCAGGAAACAUCGGAAAACUUAUUAACAUAGCAACAAAUCUUCCUAUUUUGACAUGCAUCCCUCAGCUUGAUUUUGUUGUAGACCUAGUCCUUCUUGAGAAGGAAGUUGUAGAUUCACUGUCUACAGAUCAGAAGUAUUUAUACAGAAUACAUAAUGCAAUAGCAUCAGGUGUUUUUCCUGUUGACUUGAAGGAGAUUCAAAUUGGUCCACACAAUCAUUCAAGGUGGUUAAAUCUCGCAAAUAGACUACUUCGAAUCAGGUGCUCAGAGCAUUGUUUAAAAAACAAAGAUCUACAAAACUUAAAAUUGUUAUCAGAGUUCAUCAUGGGUGCUUAUUCGAUUAUGUGGUUUGAUCUUAAGACUAAACAUAGGUGGAUUCAAGGUCCACAUCAUAUCUUUAAGCAACUAGCCUUGGUAAAAAAACAGAACAAGUUUGUGAGGGAUAUUGUAUUACCACAUGUCUGCUCCUCUGCCCGGAAUGCACACAGUGAAUGUAUUCUUCAGACAAUGCUCCGUAGUUUAGAUGAAGGAGAAAGGAGAUUUGCAGUGCAGAAAAUAAUUGAUGUUGAAAAAAUAAGGAUGUUGGAGACAGAAAAUGCAGGAAUAGAAGAAUACCAGUGAUAAACACUGAAACAAAUAAUCUAAUAGAUUUAAUCAAUUGGGAAACAGAGGAGAUCAGUGAACCGGUUCUUAUUUGUUGUUUGAUGAGAGAUGAUAUUAUACAGUUUAUUAUUAAUCCAAAAUUUGGUUGUACCAAACUUCCUUAUUUACGGUCAAUCUAUUGAACGCAUUGUGAAAGAGGUCACCAGGGCUUCAAUGUCGGUAUGUGGUACUGAGAGAAGGGAUGGGUUCAUGAGGGCUACAAUAGCUCAUAGAGAGCUGAUGCCUGUGUGCCAAUCAAAAAAAGAUCUGAUGAAAAUUUUGUAAUCAGUAUUUUAACUUUUUAUUAUAAGUAAACAAUUUAUUUUAGAAAAAUAUGCAGAAAAUGCUGUUAUCAAUAUUUUAAUGUCUUAUUACGUGUAUAGACUUAAUAUACCAUAAAAUUUUAAUUUUUGAUGUAACUUUAAUAUAUUAUUGAUGUAACUAGGUAACUAAGGCUUAGAAAUCUUUUUAGACUUCAUUUUGUUGAGAAGUAGCAAACCAUUUUUCAUAACUUUGCAUAAACGAUAUAUUUAUGAUAAAAAUUUUCAGUCUAAAAGUUACCUGACUAAACAUUAAAUGCAAAUAAAAAGAAAAUUGGUUUUCAUUAUCAUACGGUCAAAGACAUAAGAAAAAUGCCCAGCCAAACCUAAAUUCAAAAAUUUUUCAAAAGUGA